CGUUUGCCCAAAGUCGAUCUAUCCUUUUUACUCCGAGAUUAGACUUCUGAUAGCCUUCUUAUAGGGCCUUGAAAUAUUUCUCGGAGCAAUUCAAGGUUUAGCUAGGAUUGCAUGACAGUGAUUAUCAGGGAAUAUCCUUGGAUGUUCUGAGAAUUCUGGAAUAUUCCUUUCACCUUCCACUCCUAUUCAGAUAUGGGCUUAAUAUUUGUCUUUGGGAAAAAGAAACUGGUUAGUUGAAGACGAAUCUUGCUUGUUUGCAGGUGCAUAAUAGUAAUCUUCAACAAUGAAGACGCAUGUGAUUGUGGAACGGCGAGUUGUACAGGCCUUCGUGGUGGUUGUUCCUUUCGUUCUUGGAGCCUUGUGUUUUGGCUUACACCUCCGUGCAUGUGCUGCGAAACACUUGGAACCCAAAACAACUGAAGAAUCUGUGAUUCAGGCGCGAUUCCUGGAUGAUUUGAACGUUUCUUCGACGCAACUUAUUCAAGAGAACGUAACAUCAACUUCCGAAACGCCAAUAAUAAUAAUAAGGAUCGAAUCCACGGAACCUACACAAGAUUCAAUCACUGAUGAUGCGAUUCUGAUGACGACACAAGACGAUGACGCAACCGACAUUUCGGAGACUACGGAAAAACCGACUUCGUUAUUCAAAAACUUUUUCAAAUUCGUUACUCAAACCCUGUUGCAUCCCCGUCUGAACUCCGUGUUCAAGUCUUCAUCCAUUUCCCCGAUCGUAGCCAUCGGAGUUAUAAUUUUUGACGUUUUGUUCGCCCUUUUGCCAUGGAUGCUUCUCCCCAUGUUGACUAGGAAAAGUUUCGGCUCCCCUAAAGAACCAGAGGUGACCUCUACCAUUGCUCCCAUCAUCAACUCGUUCGAUUACCCCGUAUUUCCGCGGCAUUACAAUUAUGCCCCAGAACAGCCACUCAAUUUCUUGCCGUCUCGCAACAACGUGAACAAUCAGGAAAAUUUGUUUCAAGACAGGAUGUCGAGUGGGCUUUCCGAAAUGUUUGAGAACCGCGAUGAAGUGGAAAUGACCACCGAAGAUGACGGACAAAUCAAGUUCAACUGGUUCCAGUCUUGGAGGUCUAGAGGAAAUCGACGACCACUGUUCGGAUUUUGAUCGAGAUUUUUUUCGUUUUAUUUAUUUGAUUUUUAUUCAACUUUGAAGAAUCAUACAUGAAGACAGUAUUGUACACA